CGCGAUGGCGACAUCAGCAAAGACCCCGGAACUAUUGGCGGACGAUGUUCAACUGCCCAAGGAGCAGCCACCCUCCGAGUUCUUUGAGUCGAAAACUUUUCGUCUGAUCUCAAUUUUUAUCUAUUUGAGCGGCAUCAGUGGCCUGGGCAUGGCCCUGGCCUUCUACUAUCUCAUCUUCUUUGACUCUCGCAUGCCGGACAUACAUCUCAAGUUUCCUGUCUCAAUCGGCGGUCACCCGGUGCAGAAAGUGCACGAGUACCAGUGAAGAACCGCUGGCACAGUCAGACAAAAUUGUGAUACCCGAAAAAA